AAUAGGUCACAAAAAAACUGUCCGUAAGAUGCAAAAGUAAAUGAUAAAUAUAGGAAAGCAUGGACGAAGUUGACAAGAUAAUCAUUCACCAGCUGCACCAAGUGGACGCAAGCAUAGAGCUAACGGAGGAGCUGUCAGGAUUCACUCCGGAGCAGGUAGUGCGAGCCGUAUCUGGCUGCUUAGCAGAGAUACGACCCGACUUAGAGCUUCCCCGUUCUCUUCCCGGCGGAGCUAUGGCUCAGCGUUUCGGAGUGGCCAGCUCUUUGGCACAGGGAUGCAAGGAUAGUGGUUACAGGGGUGACAUCGGCUAUCAGACCUUUCUAUAUCCCAAUGCAGUGGAACUCCGACGAUUGCUGAUGUUCCUUAUCGAACAACUUCCGAGGGAGCGUCAAAAAAAUGAUGAUGGUACCAACAAGACGCAAUCGUUGAGCCACAGGCAACUCCUGGAGAGAAAAAUCAGGAAGGAGCUUUCUCAACAACUUAAAACGCCAUGGGUACCUCAGUUCGCCCGAUCUGUGGGAAAUCGAAAAUCUCUUGGAUGCAGCAGCCUCGGCAUUGAAUUCCGGCCAAACAUCAAUCUUAACAUUCCAUCCGCCAAUCCCGAGGAGCGUAGCAAGGAGCAGCAACAGUAUUUCGAACAGUUGGCUCCUAAUGUCUUCCAGCAAACGUCCUCUAGUUCGGUGGAUCUCAUUGCCUCGGUGCUACACAAGAAUGAGUUGGAUAGAUGGGAUCAGAACUUGGUCUCGAAUCCAGGGCUACCCUUUGAAUGCAGCGAAGAACCAACAGUACCUUUGAUUCCAGCAGUGAAAACUCCUGCCAGUGCGGAGGAGGAGGUUUCUCCUCUUCAGGAGUUAAGUAACCAGGUUCAAGAGCUUCAAGUCCAAUGCGAAAACUUGUUAACUGAACGAAAAUCCCAUGCUGCCACCAUAACAGUUCUUAAACAGAGGGAAAACACAGCUAACGAGGAGAUAAGUCGCAUUCAACCUAUGCUAAAACUGCACGAACGCACAUCCUUGAUUCUGUCGGAUUCCGAGGAGAACCUUGCCAAACUGGAGACCCUUCUACAAACCACUCAAAACAAAAAGCAAACGCUUACUCAGCAAUGGCAAGACUACAGGAAACCGCUGCUGGAAAACCUAGAGACACUUAAGACCGCCAAGGAAGCUCAAGAGGUUCAGGGAAUUCGCAACAACAUCGAGCAACUGGAGCAGGAACUUCAGACCAAGACCCAGCAGCACAACGAGCUUAAUGCUACUCUGCGCAACGCCAGUCAGUCCUUGGCACCACGUAAGGAAUACACUCGCAGGAUACACGAGUUCAUAGGAAAUAUCCGUAAACAACGAGCAGAUAUCUACAAAGUUCUGGAUGAUACCCGCCAACUACAAAAGCAACUCAAUGUUGUGGGCGCCCAGUUGCAGCGACAAUUCAACUAUACAGACGACCUGCUCUUUCAGAGCGCCAAACAUGAUCUUCACGCCAAAAGGGCCUACAAGCUACUGGCCCAACUCCAUGCCAAUUGUAGUGAGUUGGUCGAAUGUGUUUCGCUAACAGGGAAUGUCACCAAGCAGAUCCGUGAACUAGAAGUCCAAAUCGAUGGGGAGAAGCUGAAGAAUGUACUGACCAGUCUACAACAGAUCACCGGGGAUAUCCAGAAGUUUGAGCAGCACAUCCAAGAGUUACAGGGCCAAAUACGAGCCGUGGAACAGCCUAUGGCUGGGAGUUAGUUACUCGUAAUUGCUUGUUAACUAGUGCCAAUCACAAUAAAAGAAUCAAUGCA